CGCGCUGCAAGUAGGACAAACGAUGAGCUCUGCACUCAAGAAGAUUAACACACAACUGGGACUGAGGCUGGGACUAGGAGUGGGAGUUGUGCUGCUGCUAAUGUUGCAAGCAGGUGACGCAAGGCCAAUGGGACACAACGAAGCCAGCUACGAUGCCAGCCUGGAUCCUUUGGUCUGGUCACGUCCCUUUGUGCAGGACAAAGUGCGCAGACAUCGCAUUGCAACGCUUCCAAAUCCGUAUAAGCAUCGACACGUUCCAGCACAUCCCUGCCCUGAGCUGGGCAAGAAACGGCGAAGUCAACACUCAACGAGCCGGCAACGCAAUCAGCUGAAGUAUAAAACAAAAAAGCAACAGUAACUACCGCAA